UUUGGGCCCGAAUUAUUGAAAAUUAUGGAUAGGGUUGGUAUCGUAAAGAUGGAUGCAUCCUUAUGAUGCCAGAUGUAGGUCUUUCAGAGCUUUGAAUGCGAUGGAGGAAGACCCAACCUCUUUCCCAAUGCUGGAAGAAAGAGGUGUAGCAGGGCUUACUCCAGAGGCUGCUCUUCCAUGUAAAUGGGUAAGAAGUAAAGGUGUGUUUUGAGAAUAAUUUUUGGGAGGCUCUGAAGCUUGAAAGGGGAAGAGGACCAACAGCGGAGCUCAAUGCUAUGCUAAGUCAAACCUCGAGCACACCUUACAGAGGCUUCAAGCUUCUGACUCCAUCUUUUCUUAUUCUUGUUCUUCUUUUCAAUUAUUCU